AUGUUAGCCGUUAUAAUCGUCCUUAACGGCACAUUUCACCCCCUUAUAAAUUCAAAUCCUUCUCCACCCUCUUCCAAAACCAAAGCAAACCUAAUUAUAUUCUCAAGAAAUCAACCAAGCCAAAGUAAAAUGGCUGCUUCCAAGAUCAGAAAGGCAUGUUCCUUCACCAACCUUCUUAUUAGCUGUUUGAAUUUCUGUCUCUUUAUCCUCUCAGCAUCCUCAUUUGCACCCACCAUUCUCCUCAAGAUGCCCCCAACUUCAUUCGGCCUGGCUCUCCUUAUGGUCUCUGGCAUCUCACUUCUCUCAUCUUUUGUGGGCUUCUACUCCCAGCUCACACACUUCUGUUUCCUCACCCACAUUUCACUGUUACUAGCCUCCUUAAUAGGACAAGUACUGAGCAUAUUAGCCUUAUUCACAAAAGAAAAAGCUAGCAUGUCCCUGCUGAAGUCACCGAGGGACCCCAAGGAAGCCAAACUUUUGGUGAGGGUGGAAUGUGGGGCAUUGAUGGCAAUGUGCAUGUUGCAGUGUGUGGUGUUGAUGCUGAGUUGUGCUGUGCACAGUUGUUGGGUGAAGGAUUAUGAGGAACUGUGCGCAGAGAAGGAGGCCUCGGCAAGGAAGAGGAGUAGAAGGAUUGCAGAAGUGCAAGAGGAGUCCAUGGCCAAUGCAACCAAGAUGGCAGAAAUGAAAACCAAGGAACUGGAUGAGAAAAUGAAAAGCAACUAUGGGAAAUGGGUGAAGACUGAUUUUGAACCCUGA